AUGUCGACUCAACCUGAGAGGCCAUGGACUGAGGAGGAGAAGUACACUCUGCUUACCGAGAUCCUGAAGAAGUCGGGAAUACCCUCGACAUACUUAGUCAAUAUAAUCAACUCGUUUCGUAUUUCUCCCAGUUGGGCCGACAUUCCUCUUCCUCCAGGUCGUUCCCUCAAUUCCUGCAAGCGGGCAUUCACUAGCAUGUGCCAACAACAGAUACAGCCCCUCUCAACCCCGGUCCCAUUUUCAGAACCGCGACAUGAGCCAGUAAUACAAGUUGAACAGCCAGAGAGCAGUUCCUCCCGGAAGAGGCCACUGCGGCCAUUACGGGCGAUCCAACCUCGGCCACCGGCAAGUACAACGGGUUACAGUAGUGAAAGCGGGGUCUCUCCAGGUCUGGAGGAUGCCACGGCAAGGACUGAACAACCACGAAAACGAGGACGCCCUAACAAAGCUGAGGCCGAACGACGCAAAGCAGCUGCGCAAGCUCGGGGAGAAGUCUACCCGCCACCCCGGCGAUCUGGAAUAGAGAGAUCGAAAGUCUCAUCCACUCCAACCAGUCCACCCUUGGUUAGUUCUGUUGGAGUUUCCUAUUCCCCACAUGUGGGUGUGCAGACGGAAGCUCGCCACUCUGCGACGUAUCCCGAUGCUCCUCGUAAGAGGAUCACGGCACUGGUUGGAACUGAAAGUACCCAGCGACAGAGAAGCAUGUCAGAAAAUGACAGUACACGGCAGCUUCCGAGGCCGCCAGGACUAGAGCAACGUUUGCCAUCGCCUCACGUGCUGCAACUAGGGCAAAGGGAAUUGAUUCACCGAACCAGCAUCGGAGAGCGAGGCCUACUCAACCCUCCUCUUUCUGAACCGCUUCCAUCGGAUGACGGCCGACGGGCUUUAAUCACACCGAUUAAUGAAAGGGCGGAACAACCCCCUAUAUUCAAUCCAGAGGUAACGUUGGGCGAACGGUCAGCGGACAAGCGCCUAUGA